AUGUCUGCCAGAGAUCUUGGCGAAGGGAUAGAGCUGCCUCUCAGGGGCAACCGUGUGACUGGCGUGGCUACAGAGGAUGGGCCGCAAAGGUUUCCACGUAGGAGGACAACCCUCGUGGAUCUGGGCAGGAAGCUGGAGACUUCCUCAGGACCUGCCGCCGCGACAACGACCGCCACAACUCUACUGGCACUGUACACUUUGGCGCGAGUUGCUGCCAACAUUUUGGCAGUGGGCUGGGCAGCCUCGUACUUCGCGAUGUUGGAUGCCGUGCUUCGGCCGGUGAUGACAGGAUGUGGCGUCUACUUUUUUCUCUGCAAGAACGACCGAUUCUCCGAGAAGUCUUUGUUGCACCUUUGGUGUCGCCGUACGAUCUUUGCACUGGCCUUCUUCAUGGGCGACGACAGUUUCUUGGCCCUGGUAUCUUGGGCCUUAGAAGGUACCGGGAAGGUAGCGGCCGUCUGUAUGGGAGGUACGUUGCUCUGGGAGGUCGGUUGCAACUUCAUGCAGGUGCACAUGACGAACCUAAAGCUCCAGGCCUUGCGCCAAAGCUUCACCGCCAAGCUUUGCCACGUUGUGGGCGUCAUUGGUUUGUUCAGCAUAGUUUUGUUUGGGGCGGCAGGACAGACCUACCAAGCGACCUCCGACAUGAUCUAUCUGAACAUGGCCCGUGUGGCGCUGGCUCUGAGCCUGUUCUGCUGCUCCGUGACUUUGCUUGUCCAGUGUUGCAACCUGUGUCUUGUUGCCUGCAGAGCCUUGUGGGCUGCCGCUGGUGACAAGGCCAUUAGGUUCACUGCAUGUCUCUUGAUUGGCAAUGCGGUCUUGGUACUACUAGGCCCUGCGCUGAGCUUCUGGUCGUUCUAUACUUACGCGGAUCGUGAAGCAAAGAUCACCAACGCAACAUGGCUGACGCUUGACCUGUUCUUCCAAAUUUGCAACACCCUCACGCUGAGCGGGAUGGUCGGGCCACGGCAAUGGAAUCGUCCCAUGGACGCCUUCCGCGAGCUCGCAGACCUCUCUGGAUUCGGCUUUGCGUCUAAGCGCAUCGCUUUCCCCGGGCACAUUCAUGACAAAGCCACGAAGUGCGUCGUGUCAUUCCCAGGCAAGUACAGUGAGCUGUGGGACAAGGCUGUGUCUGCUGUGACUUCCCAGGCUGGGAAUACUGGGACGGAGUCCUGGUCUUUGGCUUGUGUCUUCUUGACAGAUGCUGCGUCUGGCCUCGGACAGCAUGCCAAGAAUCCAGAUACGCCCGGAAAGUGCUGGUGCCACAGCAUUUAUGGCCAGGUUCCAGCCGAAACAUAUCUGAACGUAGUGGAGGUGGAUCCAGAUCAUAUUGACAGCCCGAACAACCGGCAGAUGCUCGCAUUUAAGCGCAGCGAUUCCGCAGCCAUGGGCCAACAGCUUGUGAUCAAAAGUGACCAGUCAGACAUAGAGUGGCAGAGAGAGCUUGCCGAGGCAACGGAGAAGGCACAGCAGCUUUGCUUUGCGAAAGAUGGACGGGCACCAUGGGGCUGCCAGUGGUUCGAGGAAUGGAAGCGCAACGUGGACGCUGCGGCCAAGCUAGGGCAGGAGCUGCACGUUUUCUACUUCGAAGGUCGCAUGGGCCAAGGAAAGGUGCCCUGGCAUCAGCUUUGCGACGAGGCGGCGAAGACGAAAGCUCGGGAGAGUGGUGGUCUGGGCGCUUCUCAGACCGCAGAAGUGGCAUAUCUUGAAAGGAUGGGCCUCAGUUUCUUCGAGCACGACGUCCGAGACUUCCAGGCCAUCAUUGCAGCAGUGCAGAUCGGCGCUGCGCUGUAUCUCCUCGGCUCGCUGGUCGCGGCCGUGUCACCGGUGCUUUGGGGCAUCUACGCAGGCUUUCUGAUCUACGGCCUGGGCAUAGGCUUCGCCAUGCAUGCCGCCCCGGUGUACAUCGCGGAGAUCGCCCCGGCAGAGGUGCGUGGCACCCUCGUCUCCGCCAAAGAGAUGGUAAUCGUGGUGGGCAUGUUCAUGGGCUUCGCCAUGGGCGCCCUCUGCGCAGGCAUCCCACAGGGCGGCUGGCGGAUCAUGGUCGGCUUGGCGGCCUUGUUUGCCCUGGUGGUCGAGGUGGGCAUCGUCUUCAUCCCCAACUCGCCACGGUGGCUGGUGCUCCGGAGUCUGCAGGACUCGGCACUGCUGCAGGACUUGCUUUCCGCAGAUACCAGCUUCUAA